AGUGGCGCAGUAACACACGCGCCUGGUCAGGGUGCGAAUCCCGGAUCGACAUUCGUUAAGACCAACCAAGCCUCUCAUAACUCUGGGGCACUGAAUAUAUGUGCUGAAUGGGCUCGAAGAGGCGAAUGUCGCAGCAACCCGGCGUGGAUGACGGAGAAUUGUCGUCAAUCCUGCAAUGCAUGCGGUACUACCCGGUCGCAAGCAUGCGGAGGAAGUUUGUCUCAAUUUUUUCAAUUUUCUCAGCAUUCCAUAUCGACUCGGAAUCAUGGUGAAAGCUGCAGCAAAAAUAUUCUCUCAUUCUUCCAAACGAGCUUGGUACCAGCAAGCAGACCUUCGAAAUCUUGA